AGCGCUUGGCGGGUUUCAGAGCGACAGGGCGAGUGAGAGCUUGUCACCCGUGCGCCGCCACUUCGCUGCCCGCAGCCCCCGGUAAGUUAACUGUUUAACUACAGCUCUGCGCAAAGUUUCCUCAUUUUACGGAGCACUGGAUUAGAGAAUACGCGCUGCUCUGGAGGCUGCAGGCUGAAAGCGAGCUUUAUGGGAUAAGCGUUGUUUUAGGCUUUUCCAGUCCACGUUGGAUCCUCACUGGAGCUGUUGAGCAGCGGUAAUACACCAGCCCGGGGUUAACAAGCCGCUGGACUCUGGAUUCCACCGCUCAGAGCAGCCGAGGGAGAUGGAGAGGAGGCGCAGCUGCUCUCAGACAAAGAGCUGAAGAGAGAAAGAGAGAGAGACCGGCGGAGAACUAACGCUAACUAACAACUGUACCCUAACUGAACCUACGAGCUUCAUUAUACACCCAUCAGCCUCUCAGUCCAGCGGGAAUGUCGGCGUAAAACCCUCACCACGAAACCCAACAGCUAAGCAAUCGAUCUCGGACUGCUGGGAAUGGGAAUUGUAGUGUAGUUAACGCUACCUAUCCUGAUAUAACUCUCUAGUCUAACGUUAGCUGGACCGUCGUCAGCUCUCCGCAUGAUUAUAACAGGUUUUAUAGCGAGCGAGAGCUGCUGCUGUAGCACUGCUGCAGGCCUCUGGGGCAACUCGCCUUAGUGGAAAAAACAAGCCUGUUUUAGUCCUGAACAUCACCGAAAUGGGUUUAAUCGUGGCCAAACUGUGGAGCUUCUUCUGUAAUCAAGAACACAAGGUGAUCAUCGUGGGUCUUGACAAUGCAGGGAAGACCACCAUUCUUUACCAGUUCUUAAUGAAAGAGGUUGUUCACACGUCGCCAACGAUCGGCAGCAACGUGGAGGAGAUUGUGGUGAAAAACACACACUUCUUAAUGUGGGACAUCGGUGGUCAGGAGAGUCUUCGCGCCUCUUGGAACACCUACUAUUCAAACACUGAGUUCAUCAUCCUGGUGGUGGACAGUACAGACAGAGAAAGGCUCGCAAUCUCUAAAGAGGAGUUGUACCGAAUGCUGGCUCACGAGGACCUGCGUAAAGCAGCAGUGUUGAUUUUUGCUAAUAAACAGGAUAUGAAGGGCUGUAUGUCUGCAGCAGAAAUCUCAAAGUACCUGACCCUCAGCUCCAUCAAAGACCAUCCCUGGCACAUUCAGUCCUGCUGUGCACUUACAGGAGAAGGGCUUUGCCAGGGCUUGGAGUGGAUGACCUCAAGGGUGGGACUCAGAUAGCCUCCAUCGUCCUUUCAGGACUGACGUACUGACAGCCUUUACCACCAGCUCUGGUGGCACCUCAGCCUCACCCUACUUUAUUUUUUUUUGUUUUUGUUUUCGUUUUGUUUUUUGGGAUGUUUUUAGCUCAUGAUCAAUGUUCAUGUCUGCGGUUGACCUCUCUGGACACCUACCUCAGCUUGGAACGAGCAGCUGAUCAGCUGAUUGGUUUGACGGACUACUUGGUUACAUUGUUGUUUCAGGAUCAGCUGAACUUUGCCUGUGAAAUAAGGGAGUCUACAGCAUUUGAAGUAUUACUGCUCACGGAGAGGUGCGAGUGUUUUCGUCUGUCUGCGUGUGCGUCUGCGUGUGCGCGCCCUUCAGCCACAUGGGUUUGAAAAAGAAGUUCUCAACUCUGCUUUAUUAGGAACAAUAGAACAAUUGGGGGGGUUCUGGUGUAUUUUACUGGGCAGAACAGAAGCCCAGUUGUGUUUCUUUUCUUUUUUUCUUUUCUUUUUUUUAAACACAUACAUAGGUCAGCUCAUGGGUCAUAAAAGGCUUUUCUUCUUUCUUUUGUUUCGGGAAAAAACUUGUGGAGAAACACCACUACAUAUCAUGAACAUUUCAAAGCAUAUCAGAACAUGCGUUACAUAUCAUGUAGCAUUUACCUCAGUCCUCCAGAACUGCAGGAGCCUGUGCCACACAGUCACAAUACCCUGUCAUUUUAACACUGCCUGUAUCAGCUAGAGAACGACCAUUGAGAUGUGGGAACUUUGUUGGUUACUAAGUGGGAACUCCUGUGUAAAAUGGAAUUGGGUUGUUGCAAAACAUGAUAACCAGAAUGAACUUUUUAUAGAAAAAACAACCUCCGUUUACCCCAGCAAUCCAAAAUACUUAGGUUUUUAGCCGAAGCUUCCAACAGACUUAAAAUGCUAGUGAGAUAUGGGACAAAGAAAUCCCUAUUUUUACACCAUUAAUAAGUUCGAAGUAGCUCCACACUUUAUUGGUAGAAUUUUGAGAGCACUGACAUUUAAAAAGAGGCCAUUACAGCUUUGAAAGUGCACAGGUCGUUUAUUAAACACACAAUUUAUGCACACACUACUUUGGUCUAACAGCACACCUCCGUUCACCCCCAGCAUUCUGUUAAUAAAGCACCUUUAGACUAUGCUCCCAUCAGGCUUACAAAAAUCGCUCUAAUAUUCAUGAAUUUUCACUGAAAUAAUUUAGCAAUCUGUUCUUCUAUCUCACCUAUUUGUUUGCACUUAUUAGCCAAUGUAUUGUAACUACAUUUCAAUAAAUCAAAGCUAUGCCCCUAUCUCUAUCAUUGUAAGUCUUUCGGGAGCAUCAGCUAACAGUGCUGUGAUUCAGAAUGCUGGGGGUGAAAAGAGAUGGGCUCUUUGACAAAAGUUCAAACUCGUUAUCAUGUUUCCCUACACCCCAAUUUCCCCAUUUCACAACAGAGUUCUCCUUUAAUAAGGACUUUUUUUAGUUUAUUUAAUCAUUAAGUAAUUUAAGACCAUAGAAAAUAGAAUGAGAGAUAUAGCAGCAUUUUUUUGGGUUUUGUUGUUCAAGUUACAUAAUAUGAGCCAGUUGACCAGGCAGGGAGUAAGCUCUUAAUAGUCGUACCUAAUCCAUGGUGCUAAGGGAUUUGCAAUGGAGAACUUCAAAUGUGAUCUACCUGCAUCCUUUGUCUUGAAAAAUCCCCUCACGUCUGAUUUGUCAGAUGGCGUGUUUUUUUUUUUUUUUUUUUUUUUUUUUUAACAGAUCUGAAAAUUGAGAACUGGUUCUUAUUAUGUAUUAAGCAAGGAGCAUGCAUUUAUCCAUGUCAUCUAUUAACUUGAAACUCCUUGUUUUCCGCCAUGUUAGCUACGUUGUUCUGUUUUAACAAUUCAGGUACUAGUUGAGGAUCCCUAAUCAUUGCCGACAUCACAGGAAAAGCCCAGCUCUGAAGAGAACAGGCAGCCUGAUUAUUUGCAGCAUGUGCUCUGUAAUUUAAAACGUAGGUGCAGUUGGUGAGGACCUGACACCCUGUGUUUGUUUUUGUGUGUGAGAGAGUGAGUGAUGGAGAAAGAGAGAGAGAGAGAGAGAGUGAGUGUGUGAGAGAGAGAGUGAGAUCACAAAUGUUUGUGCUGCCAUUGCUGCUUCUAUUAGCCGCUCACUGUUCUGCUUGGAGGCAGAUGGCCUUUGUUUGCUGCAGAUGAAAAUGUGCUUUUGCAGUAUUAAGGUCAGGUUAGUUACUAUGGCAAUGCCAUGUUUAAGAAUGAUUGAUUGUGAAGCUCAGUUUUAUACACACUGUGUUUCCGCAGGGCUUUUUGUUUGUUUUUCGUUUGCUCUCUGCAUGUAUUAUUUUAUCUUAUUGAUCUGUGUAUAUCGUGUCUCGUCAGGUCAACAGUCUGCAACAGAAAGCUUUUGCUCAGAGAGGUGUGUGUUUGUGUGUCUCAGUUCAUUUUCAGUAUUUUUUUUUUUUUUUUUUUUGGUUAAGCUUUCAAGCGGUUUCGAACUGGACUGAAAAUUGUCCCACUUUUGGGACUGGUUUAGACCCCUGAACGUACAAACUGUUCUUCAGCAGGGUCCUCAACGAUGGCGAGACACUUGCUGCACAGGGUAUGAAAAAGGUAAUGAACAUACGAACUGCUCUUUUUAAGGAGUACUUUUGGGUGAAUCAUGUUUUUACGGAGGCAUAUUCCCAUCAGGUAUAUGUAGACCCGUUUACACUUGCGUCUUGAACAUCAGGAUUGUAUCUGGAUUAGACAAAAUAAAAAUGGAAGUCUAAAUGCAUAGAAGGCAUAUUUUAAAUUUAUACAAAUUUAAUUAUUUAAACCACUUUAGGAGGUUGUCUGAGAAGUUUUUGAAGUUAUAUCAUUGGAAACACAUCUCUCCCUCCAAGACAUCCAAGAUUAGUGCAAAUGUGGGUAGAGUACAUUCUAGAAUAAUACAGAUGUGAAUAAAUGAGGGAGAAUGUUCUAGAACUGUGCAAAUAAAGGGGAUCAUUCAAGAUUAGUGCAAAUGUGGGUCGUGUACAUCCUAGAAAACUGCACGUGUGGGUCGAGUACAUUCUAGAAAAGUGCAGACGCGGGUAAAGUACAGUCUAGAAUAGUACAAAUAAAUAAAGGGGAGAAUUUGAGAUUAGUGCAAAUGUGGGUUGAGUACAUUGUAUAAUAGUACAGAUGUAGGUGAAAGAGGGAGAACUUUUCCUUGGUUCAAAACAAUCUCCCAUCUCAGUAUGAAUUGCUCUCCAGUGAUUUUUUUUUUGUCUUAUUUUUGGUUUACCAAACCCAAACCUAUCUACAUUUUCUGAAAAAUGGACCAAUAUACAAUUUCCAGAAGGUCCUAGAAUAAAUUCUCUUUACUUUACAUUGACUUACAUUAAAAGUUAACAAGGUUUUAUCUCUGUCCUGUAAAGGUGCUGAUUUGGAGAUACACUUUUUUUAUUGGACAGCGACAAAAUCAUAAAAUAUUUAUUUCUAUUUUUUUACACCAAUACUGCCAAAAUUCGUGGGAAACAGGAGAGAUAAAAUAGUAAUUUUCCUUCAGUCUUCUCUUCUAUACCUGGUGGGAAUAGACUUCAGUUCAUGUCUGUAUUAGAGGCUGUGUCUCUGGUGUCUGAAUUUUUUAUAUGAUAGAAUUGAAUGGGAUAUUAUUAUUUUUGUCUUUGUCUUUUAAGCAUCACAAUACAUUGCAACACCUACUCUUCCUAAAAUUAAAUCAUUAAGACUGGCAACCUCAAAAAUGUACCCCAAACAAAAUGAUGGCAUUUUACGAAAUAUACUAUAGUAUUACUGUGAAGAACCAUAGGUGUCAGAAACCUUUAUGUUCUUUUCACUUUGUUGUAAAUCAAAAAUAGCUGUUCUAUAUGACCCAGAUCUUCAAAAUAUGGAUUUGGAUGAAGUUUCUAGUCCAUAAUUUACAAAGUUUAAAUUCACAAGUGUUGUAGUAUGGAUGUUGCAAUGUUUAUAUUUUGACUUGCUUAUGACCUCAUAGUUUUUGGGUUCAUUGAGUUUUUUUGUGAGUCAACUAGUUAAACAUGUUUGUUCGUUUGUUUGUUUGUUUGUUUGCAUGUCCCAUUCAUUUCUUUCAUACAAAAAUCCAGGUUAGACCCGGAGUUCCGAAUAUGAGCAUGACUCCCAACUUCAGAGAUCUGUAAGGGCAGCAUCCGGCUACUGUGUUUGUCCUUGUGCUUCAGUUGAGUUAAAUGCAUUUAAGACACAGUGCUAAAAAAAAAAAGACACCAGACACCUUUUGUGCUGAAGUGAAGCUGAAAGACACUUUCGGGAUUUGAUCCCACCCAGGACUUUAUAAACCAGCCCAUUCUUUGUAUGUGUUUUACAGGUUUAUGUGAACGGUUAAUAACAUUGAGUCAGUGAGCAGCCGUGCUCAGUGCUCCCUGUGCUCAUUCUUCUCUUACUUUUAAAAGACUUCACACCCGGAAUCAGUGCAGGAUUCAGGAUUCUCCUCACUGUGGUGCGUUUUACUGACAAGAAUCAAGACAAAUGGGAUCAUCAUUGUGUGCGUAUGUUAAUUUUUCCCUUUAUGGAUUGCAAGGGAAGCCUGGUAUCUUUCUGCAAAGGGUCAAAGUUCACUAGGUGGACUGUUAUGGAGUUAUGGCACAGGUGAAUUUAUCUGUGGUUCCACUGAUCCCUCAUUUCAAAGGUCAGCCCAUUCAAUAAGCUGUCUAAUGUGCCAUUUCAACAUGAGCAGAAGUAUGUACCGACUUUCGUAAUUCUGUAAUUUUAUAAUAAAUGCUUUUAUUUUGAAAA